UCCGGUUUAUGUCGUAGCUAAACGACGUUCUUCAUUUUUCGUUAUACAUCCGUUUGUAUACGAUAAGUACGGACACUUCAUAGAAAUGGCGACCGCCGUACCCUCAAGAUUUGCAGUUCUCAGCAUUGAUGAUGAUGAUUGUAAGCCGAAGAAAACCCAGAAAAGUGUUACUACCAGUAAGACGAAUCAAAAAUCUAAAAACGACAAAUCGAAACAACAGCAGCAGACAAAAAAGGAUGACAAAAAAAAACAAAAUAAGGGAAAAAAGAAAAAACCUAAUAACAAUAAUAAUGAAAGUCAACAAUGGGAACAAUGGAAACAAAAAGAUACAAUGGCUGUCGAGGAAACGUUUGAGCAAGAAUUACAUCAAGCCAUCUUACUGUCAAAGCUGGCUUACGAAGAGCAACUAGUAAGUGCAGCUAGGUCAGACAAAGAACAAGAGUCAAACAAGAAAUCAGGGAAAAAAUCGAAAAAGGCUACCAUGUCAUUGGAGGAAUUCAAUAGUAUGGGAUCAAAUACUACACAAACUCCAGUAUUACCUCCUGAAAUUGUAGACACUAAAGCAAAAGAAGUAGAUACAGAAUUUUUUGACAGAGUUGAGAAGGAGACAAAAGAAGAAAUUACAAAGGGAAAAGAAAAAGAUAUAUUGAAAGCAAGGCUAAACAAAAUUGAUGAUGACAUCACAGCAGCUCAGUUAAGGGUAGAAGUGGAAAAACGUGAUGAAAUUAUUAAUCAAUUAAGAAAUCAAGUGGAAAGCUUAAAAGAAGAAUUAACACAAGUUAAAGAAAGGAAUAAAAAGCUUUAUCAAAUACUAUCUCAUGGAGAAAUGAAAGAUAAAGCCUCGGUAUUAGCCGAAGUAGCAAAAUUACAAGAAAUACGAGAUGAAUUGACAUCGGAAGUAUCAUCUCUGCAUGCACAAUUAGAACAAGAAAGGUCCAAAACACGUACUAGUACUACGGAUGUCAAACCAUCUAAACAAACUAAUAAGAAGAGGCCUGCUAGUGAAAAUGCCUAA